GAUUUAUUAAAGAAUCUUGUAAAUAUGCAAGAAAAUCGUAAAUUGUUUGUGCAAAAAUGUUUAACAUGUGACAAUAUUAGAAUUUGCACAUCAUCAUGCACAGAUAAUCCCUACUGAACAAUACUCUUGGAGUGGGGUAAUAUAUAUUUCAAUACAUGGUGCACAGAUGCUAUUCUAUCUCUUAAUGCUACAAGACGAAAUUGUUACAUUUUGUAUAAGAAAAGUGUUGUGUAAAAGAAAUAUUGAAAUUUCAUACUGAAAAUGGCUGCCUUAAAAUUUUUAACACCGGAGCAGAAGCAAUUCUGGCAAGAAAAUGGCUAUAUUAAAUUGGCGAACGUAUAUUCGUUGAAGGAGAUGAAUGAGAUAUCAGAUGCCUAUAAUGAAUUGUUUGAUAGAAAACAUCGUGAAAAUGUGACGGGCUUGGAAGCAGGUUGGGUUGGAGAAGAUAUGAAGAAAGCAGCUGGAUACAUUGAUUACACUGUAAAAUCUAUCCACAAUCUACAAAUGCACAGUGCCGUUUUUACUCGACUUAUCACGCACCCGAAUUUGUUAGACGCCCUUGAAGACAUCAUGGAUACCAAGGAUAUCUUGCUGCAUCAUACCAAGGCGCACAUAAAGCCACCAGAGAAGGGAGCGCCUUACUUGAUGCAUCAAGACUAUCAUUAUUUUCCUCACAAGAAGCACACUAUGCUGGCUGUGUUUCUACAUUUGGACGAUACAACACCGGAGAACGGUGGUUUAGCGGUAUAUCCAGGUAGUCACAAGCUAGGACCAUUGCAAGAUUACGGAUUGACCGACGAGAAGGGGGAGUCGUAUCAUUACGUCAAUCCCGAGGAGUAUCCCUUGUCGAAAGCCGAGCCUGUGACAGCCAAGAAAGGCGAAAUUGUCAUCUUCUCCUACUUGCUGCUUCACGGUUCGUACUUGAACCUGUCCAAUAGAAGUCGACGUAUGUUUCUCUUGCAAGUGAGAGCCGCCGAUGACGAACCGACCGAGGACGUGCAUAAAUCUCAUUGUCAGGGCCUGGUACUUCGCGGUAGAAAUGUUAACAGAGAUGCAUCAAUGCAUAACAGAUUUACACAUUAAUCUAAUACACGGUAAAUUACGAA